AUGCUCAGAGCUGGAUUAUUAUCAGCAAGUGAUGUUUCGUCAAGUCUCAUCAGAGAUCUGCUCUCCGGCUUUCCUCAUCAUCACAUCAUGCCUCGCCAGCCGAGGAAGGCUGUGCAGCCGCAUGUGAAGACUUCGAGUGGUGAUGUCCGAGAAUCAGCAACGAAGGGUCAUCAGUCAGAGCCGGCGACGCCGAAACCGCUGCUGAAGGAUGUGGAGGGUCCGUUCGCGGAUGAUACACGCGUCUCUUUGGUGAAGAGGCUUGCGGCGCUGAAGUUCCCAUACUCGGAGAAGGCUGCGAGUGGGGAUGCUAAUGCUGAGGAGGGAGAAGGCAACAAGGAUGAGGUGACGCCGCCAGCGGCUGACCCUGAAGUUCCUGCAGACGGGGAGGAAGACGAAAAGGGUGAGGAUGAUGGGUAUCUCAACGACGACCCGGAGGAACGGCUGGAUCCGAUGAAAGCUGGUGAGAUCGCUGUGCAUGCCGGCUUCUCGAUUACGCUGCUGGUUCCAACCAAGUUCAAGGAGGAAGUCCCGAGAACCAUUGAUACCGUGAAGGGUCUCCUUGCGCUGUGGAGGAGGCACAUGUCGGCGCAUGUCUUGAUGACAACGAGGUGUCAGAAAAUGGUGUUGGAGUAUCUGGUGAAUACGGUGUUGGAGAAACGCGGUCGUACUCCCUACCUCAGCGGUGCUACUUUCCACCGUGUGGUGGAUUCGGUGAUGGGGGCGGACACUGAUAAGAUCAAGGCCGUAGCACACGUGCUCGAUGCACGCAUGAAGAAGAUCCUGCGCGACCCGGCUUUAGUGCUGAUCUCCACAGGAGGGAGCCGGGAGGACUGGAUCCGUGUUCAGGAGGCGUGCAGCAAAGCCCAUGGUACCAGGUUCAUCCAGGCGGAGACCCAUGUGAAGUCCGUCCAGCACUGCACUGCACUUCUGAAGGGGGGGGCUGCAAGCCGUGUGAGCAAGGGGAAGUUGAAGGUCAUCCCGAUUCGCAAGGAGUACGGCCUGUAG